AUGGAUUCUUAUGAUUUUGUUGACAGUGUUAAAGCGGAGAAGGCGAAUGCGCUUGCCAGAUACAGACGCUUUACGAAUCUCGCGAAAUUGUUGCAGUUCAUCGAGGUUUUUGUUGCUGUUGUGUUGAUUUCCUGGUCGUCGACUCGUCUUCCUUUGGUUUUCAAAUUAUCUGGCGAGUAUCUCGUUGCAUUUUCGUCUUACUUGAUGAAUCAACACGUCGUUUUUCUCGUCGGAAAUGUGAUUGUCGUUGUUUGUUAUGUGCUUUCUCGUCGUUCGGAAGCCGGAAAUGAGUCCGGUGGUUCUGGACUCUACUAUGGCGACCAAAAGUAUAACCAUCAGAAAACAAGUGGAGACGCUCCCAAGGACAAACCGGUGGUUGAAUCACCGGUUAUUAGAGAGGCGAAGGCGACGGAAAGUCGAGACCGGAUGAUGCGAAAUGAGAAGGCAAUCAUCAGAGCAGAGUCAGAAGUGACGGCUGAAGCGGCAAUCAAACAGGCAGCGAAGCAGAUAGAGAAAUUCCAGAGAACUCAAUCCGAUAAACUGAAAAGCCAGAUUUCGAUGAAACCUCGCCGAGAAUUACGGCGGUCGGUGACGGAGAAAAGGAACGACGAAUUAACCUCGAGAUCAUUUCAGGCGGUGGACAGACUGAGCAACGAAGAGUUCCGGAUUGCCGUUGAGGCCUUCAUUUCCAAGCAGCAAAGCUUUCUCAAACAACAGAGUAUGGUUGACAAUGGCAGUUAA